CUCGGCCGGCCGCAAGCCUUCCGCAGCCCUCACCCGUCCGAGUGCCGCCGAUCGGAUAACCUCUCGUCUCUGGCUCUUACAAUCCAACAAAGUGUAGGGCACCAUCGGAUGCAUCGUAUUCGCUUGCCACAGACUCUUCCGUACCUCGCAUCCUUCUCGGCUUCGCACCGCUCGGCCCCGAUCCGCCAACACAUAACUUUACGAGGCCCCGCCAGCACACCCGCAGCUCCCGAAACAGCGCCGGCCGGGAGCACCGUGCCCCUCCUCCAUAGAGACAGAGUGGAACCCUCCAGUGCGGUGCUCCCCCGAACCUUCCGGCCAACAAGCUCCGUUGCGAAGGACAACGGACAACGGAGUACGUAG